CAGCUCAAAAAGGAAAAAGAAGAAAAUUAACUCUUUUUUUUCCAUUUUUUUCCUUCUAAUUUUCUAACCUCUCUCUAGUUUAAAAUGCAAAUUGAGGAGUGUGACAGGCAGAUCCCACCGAAAUAAAUUAAAUAAAUUCACCACGCUCCCUAUCUUGAUAAAAACCCACAGAAUUCACCUAUCAUUUGUGAUAUACUAUAAUUUUUUUAAUUUUUAUUUAUUUUUAUAUUUCAGCUGGUAAUUAGAGAGCAGCUAGCGCUUGAAGAAACUUGAAGAUUCCUUUUACAUGAUGCUUGGGGUUUCAGGCCUCAUCAGCCCAGAGAGCGGCGGAGCUAGCGGCGGCAGCAGCGAGGCUGGCGGCGCGGCGAGUUCCGCCCUCGCGAGCGGCGUGGAUGAAAAUGAAAAAAUUGGCGGCGGCGGCGGAGGAAACCGGUGGCCGAGGCAGGAGACGCUGGCGCUGCUGAAAAUUCGAUCUGAUAUGGAUGUUACCUUUCGAGAUGCGAGCCUUAAAGGGCCAUUAUGGGAAGAAGUUUCCAGGAAAAUGGCGGAGCUUGGGUUUCAACGGAGCGCUAAAAAAUGCAAAGAGAAAUUCGAGAAUGUCUUCAAAUAUCAUAAAAGGACCAAAGACGGGCGCGCAUCCAAACAAGACGCUAAGGCGUAUCGAUUUUUCGAUCAAUUGGAAGCUCUCGAGAAUACCUCUCCGAACAAUCACCAUUUCAGCCCUCCGCCGCCCGCCGCGCCAAUGCCGACGCCUGUUGCAUCGGCGAGCCCGACGCCGCUGAGCGUAGUGCCUCCGAAAAAUAUAUCCGUUGCGAAUCCGAAUCCGAUAAUUACUUCUUCUUCUCCGUUUCAAUUGCAACCUCACCAACAGCAGCAGCAAUUGCAGCAGAUUCCGCCGUAUCUGUCGAAUUCGACGUCGUCGUCGACUUCCUCCGACGAGGAUAUACAGCGGAGGAGCGGGAGGAAGAGGAAGUGGAAGGAGUAUUUAGAGAAGCUGAUGACGGAUGUGGUGCAGAAGCAGGAGGAUCUGCAGAAGAAGUUUCUAGAAGCUCUGGAGCGGAGAGAGCGCGACCGCAUCGCUCGGGAGGAGGCGUGGCGCGUGCAGGAAAUGGCGAGGAUGAAUCGCGAGCACGAACUCCUCCUCCAGGAGAGAUCCGUCGCCGCCGCCAAAGACGCCGCCGUCAUCUCCUUCCUCCAAAAAGUCACCGGCCAAUCCAAUCUCCAGAUCCCUAAUUAUUCCCCCAUGCCGCCUCCGCAAUCGAAUCCGAAUCCAGCUCCGGCAACGGAGCUGAUUCAGAUCCAGAUCCAGCAAAAAGCAGCGGCAUCACCGUCAUCUACACCAGCGAAAACACUAGAGAUCACGCCGCACAGAGAUAACGGCGGCGGAGAUGAUCACAUUUCGCCGAGCUCGUCGUCGAGGUGGCCGAAGGCGGAGGUCGAGGCGCUGAUCAAGCUGAGGAAGGAUCUGGAAGUGAAGUACCAAGAGAGCGGGCCGAAGGGCCCGCUCUGGGAGGAGAUUUCGAAGGCGAUGAGCGGGAUAGGUUACUGCAGAAGCUCGAAAAGAUGUAAAGAGAAAUGGGAGAAUAUCAACAAGUACUUCAAAAAGGUGAAGGAGAGCAACAAGAAACGGCCCGAGGACUCUAAAACAUGCCCUUACUUCCACCAGCUCGACGCCAUGUACAAGGAGCGGGCCAAGAGCAGCGUCCCCUCCUUCAACCUCGGGCCCAUCAUGGCCCGGCCCGAACAGCAAUGGCCUCAGCAGAUGCACGACCAAAAUCAUGGCAAUGAGAGUGAUAAUCACGACGAGGAGGGCGAUGAGAAUGAGGACGACGACGAGGAAGUGGGGGAUUACGAAAUGAUCGCGACGAAGCAGCCGGCUAAUUCGGUGACGAACGCCGUGGAGGGAGGUUAAAGUUAAAGAUGGUGGUCAGAAAUUCAGAUCAAUGGCGGUGAAAAAAUGCAGUGAAAAAGAUAUACUGUGAUGGAGAAGAGAGGGGUGUUUUUUUUUUAAAUGUUUGUUGCUAUAAAUUAUUGAUUACUUUCAGAGGAAAUAAACUGAGGGAUGUCAAAUUAGAUUAAGAUAAUCAGAAGUGGUAAUAAGGGGGGAUAAACGAGUACUUGUUGUUUUUUUUGGUUCGAUUCAUUUUUAUAUUUCAUCAUGGAGUGUAAAUUUCAAAUACUAUUGGAUUGAAUGUUUCAUUUUCUUUUUU